UUGCCAUAUUUGAUCACAUUUCAAGGAGUGUGCAAAUUGGCAUAUUCGGUAAAAACAACUCUCAUGCAUAACCUAAAAUAUCUUGAAAAUCAUUCCUUUUUUAUAAUCUUCUAUUAAUCAUCAGCUCGUAAAAGGUAUUAUCUAAGUAGAGUUCUGUAUAGAUCUUACUACUUUCUAUCAACGUUAUCACGUCUUAAUAAUUAUUUUUGACAUUCAUCAAAAAAUGUCUGAUCCUCGUCUACGUACAUUAAAGAUUAAAACUGGAGUUGUUAAAAGAUUAGCAAAAGAAAAGAUUACGUACGAAAAAGAAGCACUUCAACAACAAGAAAGAAUUAACAAGUAUAAAGAACAAGGCAAGGAUGGGCACGAUAUUAGAAAACAAGAAGAAGUUCUUCAAGAAUCUCUUAUGAUGGUUCCUGAUUGUCAACGUCGUUUAAUGCGAGCUUAUGAAGAAUUAAAAAAAAUUUUAGAAACGGAGCAAGACUUGAAAGAAUCAGAAGUGUACAUUGAGGCUGAAAAAGUUCUUGAAGAAGCAGAAGAACAGUUGCCUAAGGACAGUAAUGUACUGUUAACUGCAUAAGUUGUUUAAAUAUUAAACGAACUUUACAUUUUUGCGCAUUUAUUAAUAACUGAAAGUAUAGGCGCAUAAUUUAAUUUAUAAAUAACGAUAAGGUAUUAUUUAAAUUUAGUCUAAGUACACAAGAUU